AUGUCGUGGCUCAAGUUGAACGACAGUCUCAACAAGGUGAAGGGUUCCAUCACAAGCUUCACGCAGGAAGUAUUUGCAGACGGGAUCAUCGAUGAAGAUAGCUCCGAUCAAAAUCCCGUCCGUGAGCUGAAUGUUGCCCGGGGAAAGAUAGACGAACUCACCGAGCUGUGCGUGACGCAAGACCAAGAGAUUGCGACACUUCGCAAGCAGGUCGCGGAAUAUCAGCAACAGUUACACCAGUCCCACCCAACGCCCUCCUCCGCCUCAUCGUCGACGGCGCAACAGCCAUCCUCGUCGUCGUCGAAGCAUUCCGGCGACCAAGCUCUUCUUCCGGCGGCCUCAUCCUCCGGCCAUCCGGCAAAACCAUCAACGUCGCAAAGCGGUCAAGAGCAAAAUGCCACCAGCGCCGGCGCCGUCACCAGCACCCUCGAGGACAGCUGGUUCUGGGACUCGGAGAACAACAUCUCGUCGACGUCGUCCUCGUCGAAGAAGGACGACAACGAGUCGCCCUCGUCCGGCACCGAGCUGACCACGAUACCGCUCGAGGCGCCGGCGAGCGAAGGAGAAAUCAUCGAACGACUGCAGCGCCAGCUGGGCGAGAAGAUCCAGCAGCUCAAGAAGCAGCAGCUGGAAAAUGCGCUGCUCAACGAGAAGCUCGGCCAGGUGAGCAGCGAAAAUCGAGAGCUGAACGAAAACAUCGAGGAGCUAGAUCGGCAGCAUGAGGUGGUGCUGGAGAACCUGGUUGCCGGCAAGCGGGACCUGCAGGAGAAGUGCAACCGGCUCGAGGCGGACCUGGCAGCGCGAGCCGCCGAAUCGCAAACCGCCCUGCAGGAGCUGCGGACGCGCUUCGAACGGCUGGAGCAGAGCUACACCCAAACGUGCGCCGAAAACGUGAAGCUCCAGCAGGAAACGGAGAAGCUGACGGCGGAACUGGAGCGGAUCGUAUGUGAGAACAUGGAAGCGGUUGCGGCCCUGGAGGGUCAGCUGGACGAGAAGCGGCGCGAGCAGGCGGAAGCAAACGAACUUUAUGAAUCGUUGAAAGCGGAAAACGAGGAACUGCGUCAGAAGAGCACCCCCGAGGAACCGUUCGUCGUGGCCCUGCCCAAGGAGGAGGAUGGAGAGGACGAAAAGGAUCGUACGAUGGCGCUGCUCCGAACGGAAAUCGACGAACUGAAGGAAUCGUUGGACGAAGCGUGCACCGAGCGGGACAAUCUGCAGAAGCUGACCGCCGAGCUGGACCGUUCCGAGCAAAUUGGCCAACUGGAGCGGGAGAUUGGAGAGCUUCAGAACGAGCUGCGCAGUGUGAUCAUCGAUAACUCGGUCCAGCUGGAAGCGAAGGAGAAGGAGUACGACGAGAAGCUCGCUCUGCUGCGCCAGGAAAAUCAAUCCCUGCGCGACAAGAUCGGUGAUGAGGCAAACAACACCGGUCGGACCGAUCCAAACGUGAGCCGGCUGGUGGAGUUGGUACGGAAGUUCUACGAUCUCGACCCCUCCCAACAUGAUGCGCUCGAGCAGCGGCUGCAGCAGGCACGCGACCUCGAGGCGAAGCUCUCGGCGGUGGAGAAACGGCUGCUCGAUUCGAGCAAGGAGCUCAACUUCCUCAAGAUGGAAAACUCGCGCAUCCAGCACGACAAGGACACGCUGAACGCGGACCUGAUGCAGUACGAGAAGGAGUGCUCCAAUCUGAUGAAGAACAACGAUCUGCUGAUUGCCGAGAUCGAAAACCUCAAGUGCAACAAGCUGGAAACGAUCAACGAGAACGCCGAGGACAGCAUCGUCGUGCUGGAGAAGCAGCUGGAAGACUCGACUCGGUUGAACCGGAGCCUUGAGGAGGAGUACCGCGAGUCGCAGCGCAAGCUAGAAGAGCUUAUGGAGGAGAACGAGGAGCAACAGAUGAAGGUAACGGCGUUGGAAGAGGGCCAGAAGGAGCGAAAGGCCCGCGUGCAGGAGCUCGAACAAAAGUUGCGCACGGUCGGGUCGGAAAAGGAGGCACUGGCGGCACAACUCGAACAAUUGCGCCAAUCUGGCAUGCAGGAGACGGAACAGCUCCGAUCGGAACUCGAAAGCGUCCAAGGACAGCUGGGCACUAUCAACGAGGACCAUGCAAGCUUAGUGCAUAAGCUGCAGCAACUUCAACAGACCUCCUCCGACAACGUCCGUCAGUGGGAGUCAAAGCUGGAAGAGAUGCGGCUCAUGCUGGAGGCGAAGGAAUCCGACCUUGCGCAGGCUCGGGAGGCCACGGGUGCGGCACCUUCCGCGGAACAGCUGGAGCAGCUUCGCUCUCGCUUGGAGUCGGAACUGGCGGCCGUAAACGAGCAGCAUCGUGCGGAGAUGGAGAAACAGAAGGAAGCACUGGACAGCUUGACGCAGCAGAAGGAAAACCUCGUCCAGCUCGUGACGACCAAGCACAACGAGAGCGUACAGUACCACGCGGAGAUACAGCGGCUCAGCCAGCUGCUGCAGGCGGAAAGCGAGCGGUCGGCACAACCCUGCCCAGAAUGUCCGUCGCUGCGCGAGAAGGUCCAGGACUACGAGCGGCUCGCCGAUCAGAUACAGUUCCUGCGUGAAAAGUCCGACAUACUGACGGCGAAUCUGAUGACCGAGCAGAACAACCAGCGGAUGGCACUGCAGGAGAAGCAGGAGCUGCUGGAGCAGCGGAAUGGGUUGCAGCGUGAUCAGGAACGGCUCCGGCAGCAUCUGAUGGAGAUCGAGGAAGCGCACACGCAAGAAACGGUCGAGUUGCAGCAACGCUACGACGAGGCUCGCCACAAGCUAGCAACGCUCGAGGAUGAGGUGAAGAAGUCCACCAACGCGCUGACUUCGGCCAGUAUCCGAGCGAACCAGCACGCGGAAACGCUGCAGACGCAGUACCAACUGCUGCUGCAACAACGGGACGAACUGAAUGCGAAGCUAGGCGCUGCCGACGAUCGCGACCAGAAGAAUCAGGCAUCACUAACGAACCUGCAGUGCGCGCUGGAGCAGUUCCAGAUGAAUAGAGAACGCGACAUCGAGCUGGCAACGGUAAACAUCCGUAAGGAGCUGGAAGCGAUCCGGGCGCGCGACGACGAGCUGAAGGAAAAAUUACGCCAAACACAACAGCAGCUGAGCGAUGCCAAAAAUGGCCUCCUAGCGGCGGCCCGAAUCUCCGACCAGCUGGAGAUAUCGCAAGUAACGGUGGCAUCUCUAAAAGCGGAACUGGCAAAACGAGAUGAAAAAUAUGCCGCCCUCGAGCACCGUCUGCAGGAAACGGAAGCGAGCCAGGCGGACAAGGUGGAGAAGACGCUGGUAAAGAACCUUAUCAUUGGUUACGCGGUGGCACCAAACGCGUCCGACAAGCAGCAGAUCAUGAAGUUGAUUUCAUCCGUUCUGACGAUGGACCAGGCGGAAUGCACGAAGGUGGGUCUACACCGAGGUCCCGGAGGUGGCGGAUGGCUUAACAGCAUUCUCGGCAGUGGAGCUACUGGCCCGGGUGGAGCAGCGAACUACAACAAGGAAUCGCUAACGGAAGCGUUCGUGAAGUUCCUGGAGAAGGAGUCGGCCCCGAGGGCAACGGCAAACUCUAGUCUACUGAACAUUGUCACCAGCAGCGCCGCCGGGGAGCCAUCACACUCAGGGGCAGUUUCAACGACGAUGGCAAAUUUCACGAGCAAUCUGGUCACAUCCACCGCAGCAGGGACUACCGGCAACGUUAGCAACUCCGCACCCGUGCAACCAAUCCUGCUACCGGAAGCGGUCAUGCUCCAGCAGACGAGCACGUUCGCGCCGACCCGAAGUUCCAGCUCCAUCCUGAAGGACAUCCUCAGCGACUCCUAAUAUCAAGACAACGACGCGUUGCUUUUCUAAUCGCGGACCAGCGGGGACAGUGUAGAUCGGGCUGGUUCUUUUUAAGCGCAAUUGCUUACCGAAAACAUACAGCACUCGGUUGAGGAAUGAUGUACAUAUUUUGUUUUUGUUCUGUGCUCCACACCAGUGUUAGAGAAACUGUGGGUUGACCGUGUGAAACUAGAAAACAUGCCGACGCAAAACCCACGGCAAUUGUUUAAACUAGUAUUUUACAAUUUCAAUCAGACAUUACUGCUGAUCCACGCAAUAUAGAGGAAAUACUAUCCAAUACCUACAAUACACAGGACGAGGUUGUAGUUUUAUCGAAUAUCGAUGUAGAUGACAGCCAUUUUAAAGCGAUUGCGACUCGCAAGGCGGCGCAGAACAAGUCAGGAUGGCCGAGCGGUCUAAGGCGCUACGUUCAGGUCGUAGUCUUCUCUGAAGGCGUGGGUUCGAAUCCCACUUCUGACAAAAAUACUUUUUUUUAUUUUUGCAACA